CCGGACAGACAGAGCAGGCUGGUGCCUCUCCAGCCGAGCAGCCAGAGGAGGCUGGUGCCUCUCCAGCCGAGCAGCCAGAGGAGGCUGGUGCCUCUCCAGCCGAGCAGCCAGAGGAGGCUGGUGCCUCUCCAGCCGAGCAGCCAGAGGAGGCUGGUGCCUCUCCAGCCGAGCAGCCAGAGGAGGUUGGUGCCUCUCCAGCCGAGCAGCCAGAGGAGGCUGGUGCCUCUCCAGCCGAGCAGCCAGAGGAGGCUGGUGCCUCUCCAGCCGAGCAGCCAGAGGAGGCUGGUGCCUCUCCAGCCGAGCAGCCAGAGGAGGCUGGUGCCUCUCCAGCCGAGCAGCCAGAGGAGGCUGGUGCCUCUCCAGGCGAGCAGCCAGAGGAGGCUGGUGCCUCUCCAGCCGAGCAGCCAGAGGAGGCUGGUGCCUCUCCAGCCGAGCAGCCAGAGGAGGCUGUUGCCUCUCCAGCCGAGCAGCCAGAGGAGGCUGUUGCCUCUCCAGCCGAGCAGCCAGAGGAGGCUGUUGCCUCUCCAGCUGAGCAGCCAGAGGAGGCUGUUGCCUCUCCAGCCGAGCAGCCAGAGGAUGCUGGUGCCUCUCCAGUCGAGCAGCCAGAGGGGCUGGUGCCUCUCUGGCUGAGAGGUGUGGAUGGAUGUCCAUAG